UACGUAAUACAGAAACGUCGCUACGUUGGGUAAUCCUGUACCCAGAGGUUCAAAGUGACUCAGACGACAGUAGAACAUUCUGUUUCCAACACUGUGCACACAAACGCCGUAUGACAGGAAGAUUGGAGUCCCGGUUGUCUCCGGACGCUGUCUGCGUCUACGGCUGGAGUCACACGGGGUGACUGCUUCAGGAAGUCGGCGAUAAAGCGAAGAAUGUGGAGAAGAACAUGAUGUGCUCCACAGAAAACAACGCAGAGCCACAGAACACAUCGUCCGACCCGGCUCUCAUCCUGGAGCUGCAGACCAGGCGGCCUCCGUCCCUCAUGGGCCGGCCGGGAUGUGAGAGCUGGAGCGUGGACUUCUCCCCGGACGGAGCCUGGUUCGCCUGGUCCAUGGGACACGGGAUCGUCUGGGUGGUCGCCUGGCCUCUCGACUCACUAGACGGUGAGAAUGGAGAGACUGACCGAGGAGACAAGAGCUUCAGCUGUGGUCACCCAGUGUGGGGCCUCGCCUUCGGACCCAGGCCUCCAAAAUCAGCUUCAGUGGCACAGCCAACUAAAACACUAUCAAAAGGAAACAACGCCCUGCUUCUAGCCACAGGCUUGGAGAACGGGGUGAUCAAAAUCUGGAAUGUCUUAACAGGUGAUGCUGUAUUUGAUCUCCACGGCCACGAAGGCGUGGUGAGGAACCUGGUCUUCCCUCAGAAUGGGACUCUGACUCUCAUAUCAUCUUCUCGGGACAAGACUUUGAGAAUUUGGGACCUGACUCAGAAAGGUAAAAAGGUGCAGGUGCUUUCUGGACACAAAGACUGGAUCAGCUGCUGCUGUGUGUCAUCGGACUGCAGCAUGAUUGCGUCUGUUGGCAGAUUUGACAGAAUGGUGUGUCUGUGGAGUCUACGGUCGUAUACGUUCAUUAGGACCCUGACAGGCGGGACCCAUAAGACCUUGCACCUCCUGUCUUCCUGUGACUUCUCUCCUGACGGGGCGCUGCUCGCCACCGCCGCCUUCAGCGGCUCCAGCUGGUGGAUUGACCUCUGGGACCCAUACACGGCAGAAAAACUGACCACUCUGGUUGACUACUUUGAAGAUUAUGGGCAAAACCAAAUCUCAGCGAUACAGUUCUCUCCCAGCGGUUUGCACUUGGCGAUUGUGACUGACGACAGAGCUCUUCGCAUUUGGGAGCUGGGAAAGAAAGACAUGGUGAUGCAGACGAAAGCAGACAGAGAUUCUAAUGGGCUCUGCUGCAAGUACCACCCACAAGGGGGAGCGGUCGCCACUGGAACCAGAGACGGCUACGUGAGGUUCUGGAGGGCACCCAGGACCGUACCCAGCCUGUGCCACCUGUGCCGAUCCGUCCUGCGACACUCGGUCUCCACACACCAGAUCGAGCCACUUCCUCUCCCCAAAAGGAUCCUCAAAUACCUCACCUACAGAAACAUCCCCAAACACCUCAAGACCUGCUGCUCCUCAGAGGAAGUGGUGUUGGAAGGUCAACUAUAAACAAUGCAACAACAUAUUCACCAUCUCAAAAUUUUAUUUGCUGGGUUCAAAGCUUGAUUUAGCACAGGGCGCACCUCUUAAUGUAAUCGACUUUAGAUGCAGCAUUCCAACCUGCGGAUCUCAUUUAUUGCACUACUACUGUAAGAACACUUAUACCCAACGUUUACAUGUUUAGUUGAAUGUCUGUUUUAUACUAUUGUUAAUUUGUGUAAAUAUUGAGUAAGUAUUUCUAAAUCCUGUUUAUAAUCAUAAACAGUGCAAGCACUGCUACUGUAGCUGUAUAUGUUAAUAUAAGACAACAAACUGGACUUGUAGGAAAAUGUUUUAUUAAACAGAUUCAAAUGUA